GCACAGACGGCCUGUGUGGACAAUCCCUUCGUCAAGGUCUUCAUCCUCGACUCCUACCCAAUCAUCAUUCAGCGGACCGAGCGAGGUAGCUGAUCCAGUCCCUCUCACCAGGGCUCUGGCAAGCAGCUGGCGUAGUCGCAGUCGUAGUGUGCUGACUGUGGCUAUGGCCUCCGCUCAUACAUUUGAGCGGUCCCACCAACCGCAACGUCGCAAUCGCAAACAAGAUGUGCAAGCAUCUCCAUCCGGGACAAGCUACUUGCCAGCGGUCCCCCUCAACGGAGAGCCGCAUGGGUCCGAACAUAGCGAUCGUUCUUCCGCUGGCAGCAUGCUCCAACUCGAUUUGGAGGGCUUGGACUUGGGUGGACCUUUGAUGCCCUUCACACAUUGUACGCCUCCUUCCGAGGGACAUAGCAGCCCCAAGAAGUCGUCGUGGUCGAGGAAUAGCCCGCAAUGGCAACCACAAUCACCCUCGCAACAGAGCAAUACAUACUCUGGAAGUAGCAGCAACAGCAAGAAGAUGAGUGCCGCACUCAACUUGGCAAGAAGGUUCACACCCAAUGCCACGGGAGAUGCCCGCCGCACACCCUUCCAGUCCACGCAGCAAGGCAUCGAGAUCGACUCUUUCGUCGCCCACCUGCGUGAUGAUUGCUCGGGCACCAACGAGAUUCUGGGCUCAGACGCUAUCCUUAGCGCCAAUGCCGUUGGUGUUUCUGCAUCCACAAAUCGCGGGGGAGCCUUGAUGCUGGACACGGGCGCCCUUGCAAACAUUGCUUCGACCUCUACAUCUCCACCCCAUUCACCUCCUUCUCACAGUAUCAACAUUCCCACACCUCAAGGUAUUCGCACAUCCUCGUCAGCCUUUGCAGAGCAUCGUGGCUCGCCUCCGGGGAAGCGAGCACCUUGGCAGGAGACAAUCUCGGAACAAGUUUUGGGUGGGUUCGCAUCGCUAGGAGUGCCUUCUUCUUCCACAUCACAGCACCAAGCAUCCGGAUCCGCUACAGGAAAAUCGCGGCCCACUCUAGCAGCCUCUGCCCGAUCGACUUCACGCAGUGGAGGUCUGGUGUCAUACAUGGGUGACAGCGGUGUGAGUGAAGCAACGCCUCCAACUUCACCCAUGUGGUCGACCGACUCGUACAGCAAGCCGCGCUGGCAGACGAUGAUUCCAGUGAAGAGACAGUCUGAGGCGUCGAAGGUGUUAGAGUUGAUGUCCAUAGACGAGCUCUCCCAGCAUGCUAUCGAUGUGGGCCAUCUGGGAGACUGGGAGGGCGCUUCCUUGGUUCCAGCCGACGGUCCUUACGAAGGCGAAGAGUCAGUAGCAGCCUCAUGGCGAGCGGCAAGACAGACCCAACAGAAGCGGCAGUGGAUCUGUGCGCCCGUUGUACCAGAUGACGAGUUGGCGGCAGAAAGAACCAUUGUCGUCUCGGAUUGCAAGGCAAGUACAUCAGCACGAGCAGCUCUACCGUCCAAUCUCAGCAGGGGUCCUCCCCUUGCCUUCUCUGGUCUCGCAAGCUUCGAACUGCGCUUUUUGCGUGGUCGCUUAGCAGAUCGGCGGGUUCAUUUAGCCACCCCUGCUCAGCUGAAGGAAGUCUAUGGCAAGUACGGUACCACUGGCAGUCGGCAAGGGCAGGAGAGGAAACCUCGCUCGCACAGCUGGGGCACUACAGAACGUCCGCGGAUAGUAAAGAAACUGUUUACGUCUGAAGGGUCUUCAAAAUUCAAGGCUAACAAUGGUGGUACAAGCCAGGCUUUGAGGCGCACCAGGUCUAGACCAGCGCUCCAGCUUGAUCCGUUUGGCCUUCCCGACUUAAAGGACUCGAUUGCUCGGUCUUCUCGAAGGCUGUCCUUCGAUGCUAGCGCCACUCAGAGUAGCUCCAACUACCCUUCUCUACUCACGCCAACCCACUUGCGCAGUGGAGACUUCCUUGCUCCCGGUGAUGCGCUUGGGUCCACGAAAGCCGAUGUGAAGCCGUCGAACGCCUUCAGCGGUAUUUCCAACGGGCCGUUCGCGAAUUACGCUAUGGACUCUUGCUCUCCCACCGCAAGUGGCUCUACAUCACGCAGAGGCCCAGCCUCGCCUGUAAAGCCAGAGUUCCACACCGGCAUGGCGUCUAGCUUUUCUUCUCCACCUACAGCUACGCCGCUGCAGCUCAGCCCUUCUCUGUGCAGCGAGGUAGAGCAGGAAAGGCAAGCAGAAGCAGCUGCCUUCGCAAAAGCUCUCCCUGCGCUACCUAUUACCAGUGAUGCGGGAUCCAGCGCAACAAGCAGUCCCUCGAAGACGCAUAGUGUCAGGACUCGAAUGACGUCUGCUCCGCCUGCUCCUAGCGCUACAUUGGUCUCGCAAGCGGCACCCGCUGAGCACACAGGCCCGCGUCUUCGCAAAGAGCCAUCAAAGAUCGGUGGCUGGCUCAAGAAGAAGAUGGGCGGCGGCUCUAGCUCUGCUAAUGCAGGCAGCAAGACCAGCUCUAGCACAAUCACGGCCAAGAAGGACGAAGCCGAACAGUCAUCUCUCAAGGCCCCGCCUGCAAAUGCGAACAUGUCUGCUGAUCCAUUCGCGGCGUAUCGCGAUGCAGAACGCCGACCGGCCCUCAAGGACUCGGGUGUACGUGCACACAGCUUUUACCACAUGGGACACAAUGACAGAGACCUCGACGUCCUGUCUGAUAUGGCAGACGACCCGCACUCCCUCUUUGCUGCCAAUUCCUUUCCCUUUGGGAAGCCCAAUGGCGACUGUCCCAAGAGAGGUAGCAAAUUGUUGCAGAAACAGGGAGAAGCUGCACCGAGUUGGUCCAGUCGAGGAUCUCUUAUGCCUCCUUAUGCUGCUGGCAGGAGGGCGAGCGCGAGUGAUGACGACAUCGUGGCACAUGCUGGACAAGCUGCUCGGAACUUGUCCUUUGGCACUAUCGGCAAGAAGGACAAGUCGAGAAGCACUCUCGGCUCGAAAUGCAGAGCAGCGGCAUAUGCUGCUGGCUCCCCUGCCCUCAAGCCGUCUGGACUGGCGGCUAGCUCUCAGCCACGGAUCUCCUCGCCACUGGCGCAACGGGCGGCUUUGAUCUCCGAGAAGCCCAUACUGUCCCCGCCAGAGACGGCCAAGCCGGGUCCUCUGCAGUUUGCAAAAGGUACAGCCUUGACCCGGCUAGCCUCAGAUGAGUCCAAGUUGACCUUGGGUUCUCGAAGCCUACAGCUUUUGGGCAUCGAGAAUGUUCCUGCCGACGCGUUGAGCAUGAUCAUCCCUCUGCCCCUCUCCUCAACCUCAGGUCGUCAACAGCGCUACCUUCGCUUGAACUACGUGCCCUUCGGUCACGAGCACAGAGCAGAGUACCGCUUCAACAGUGACGGCUCCUCCAAGUCGUCGCCACACCUGGGCAGCCACCCGCCCUGCGCAAAUGGGACAAUGUCUUUCUCUCCUCCAUCCUGGUACCACCGCCUCGGUGCUGCCAGCAUAGGGCACACCAAGCCCAUCUCCAGUGAAGAAAGCUACCCGUACGAAGGAGCAGGCUCAGCAGCAAAGCCCACCUACCUCUUCGGAGCAGGACCAGCGGCAGCUCACGAUGCGCAGGCGAAGAGCGCCGCGGUGCCCAAUCGCCAGCAGACGGGGCCAGAGGCGUUCCGUGUGACAGCAAUGGUGCUUGCUGCACCCGACGAGGAGGGAGAGGCUGAGCUCCGCCCCCCUUCGAAGCUCCUUGCGGCGGCGAUGCGCUUUUCGCAUUCCAGCGGGACAGCCAAGAGUGGUUCUGGUACUGGCAGGACUCAAGGGGAUGAUCAGUCAACGCUUGAGAGGGACAGGCAGGAAGAAGACAAGCGCGCUGUUUGCUGGCUUCCUGAGCCUACACCCUUCCCCAUUGUCCUGGUGACGUGCUGUGGAGAGUACGUGGACUUUGUCUCGGAGGGAUGGGAGGCGCUGGGAUUGGGCGGCGGGCCCAUCGAGACGAGCGGCGAUGGUGUGCGCCAUGAAGAGGACGACGAGGAGGAGGAAGACGAUAGGAGCGCUCUUUUUGGCGUUGCGGACCUGGUGGCAGCGGGGUGCGCUGCCGUCAUGGAUCUGUGAGACGCUUCUAGCUCCUGAUGCGGUAGCAGUAGCGGUAGCGGUAGCAGCUUCCUCUCCCUUUCACUUUAACUUUCAGUUUCAAUUCUUUCCACUAUAAUUAUUCAUGACACGGGGGAUAGAAGCAGAAAGGGCACACCUUCUUUAUCUCGA